AUGACACCCUCCGCACGAACACUCUCAAUCGGAGAACUCGUCGACAAUAUUUGUUUUUACUCAGAGGGCAAAGAACUUGUUGCAUUGGCGUCAACAUGUAAAUCUGUGAGCCUGUCCGCCUUGGACAUGUUAUGGAGAGACAUUACGACAUUGAGGCACUUGUUCCUGAUCAUUCCAGGAUGCACUAAACGCAACCGAAAACUGUACCUGCCUUCCAUCCCAGACUGGUCCAAGUUCAAUCAGGUGGCAGGGAGGGUUAAAACGCUCAAGAUCAGGGAGAAUUUUUAUAGUCCGAAUGAUGCAUAA